AGCUUACCUGAUCCAGCCAUGAGAAAUGCAAGCACAAGUUCAAUAGGUCAAAUAUCACUGUUAUAAUGAUUUAUUACGGUCAUUUUAAGGUGAGCUCACCUGAUCCAGCCAUGAGAAAUGCAAGCACAAGUUCAAUAGGUCAAAUAUCACUGUUAUAAUGAUUUAUUAUGGUCAUUUUGAGGUGAGCUCACCUGAUCCAGCUAUGAGAAAUGCAAGUACAAGUUCAAUAGGUCAAAUAUCACUGUUAUAAUGAUUGAUUAUGGAAAUUUUGAGGUGAGCUCACCUGAUCCAGCCAUGAGAAAUGCAAGCACAAGUUCAAUAGGUCAAAUAUCACUGCAGUUAUAAUGAUUUAUUAUGGUCUCUUAAAUCCAAUACCAAACAAAUAUUAAGUAAAUUUCAUAUACAGGCAUGUUCUCUUUACAUUGAGUCUCGGUGCUAUAAUGACAUUACGAGAUUUGAAAGAAUUUGUACUGUACACAGUCUGUAAAAAAAUAAUGUAGAAGAUGAGAUGCACUUUAUACUAUUACGUCCAGCUCAUUCAGAGUUCAGAGUUAGGUUAUGAAACAAUAUUAUAUAGACACCCAAGUGAUUAUAAGCUUAUAGAACUAAUUUAAUGAAAAAAUUAUAACAACUUUUGAGUAAAUUUGUUUAAUAUUUGAUGAUGAAUAAAAAAAACUUGAAACAGUUGUAUUAAUUAAAGCUUUAUGUUUAUGUUUAGAUUUCCUCCUGUUUUAUCCAACAAUUUCUCUUUUGAUGUGCCAUAUCAGCCAAAACUUCCAUUUUAAGAGUUCAAAGAACAGAAGUACAUAUAUAUAAUAUUUAUUGAGAGUAAAAAUAUGCACCAUUUUUGAUAUGCAUUUAUAUCAAAAAAAUAAUACAAGGAUAGUAAGUGUUAUAAAUACUUUCAUGGAAAAUUGUACCAUGUGUCUUAUAAUAGAGUGAUAGAUAUAUUUUGGUGUGAGAUUUCCUAAGAAAGUGUUUGUAUGUAAAUGUAACUCUUUCAGAAGUUACAUUUAAAUUUGAUCUAGUUUGAAAUAAAUUUAAAUUUAUUUAUUUCUUAAUUCUUGAAAUAGCACAUUAAGCGCAUGUUGACCUAUAUGCCAAACAUAACACAUAAUCAAUAUGUGUGUAAAUGUCACCCUAAUUAACUGUAACCCUUGAUAUCUCAGGUGAGAAUCAUAUAAUUGGCUAUGUUUGGUUAAAAAAACAAGUCAUUGUUCUCCAUAAUGGGAGGUGGAGCUGUAGGGUAGAAGGGGACCAGGAAUCACUUACCUGUGUAAUAUUUGUAUCAAUUAUUAAACCACUUUGGGGUUUCCUUUAGCUCUUGUCCUAGACUUUUCGUCUGCCAUGUUGUAUAUUCCAUUUGACAGCAUCUUCACUGACAGUAAAAACUAAUUUGACAGAAUCAACCAAUCAAAUUCUUCUAGAAAAAUAUAUGAUAUAAAUGUUGAUGCUCCUAUCGAUUCUCAAUGACAUCUACAACAUGGACCCAGACGAGUAUCACGAUUUAGUCUGUUUUCUUUCAUCCACCUGUAGUUCUUACCCAGAUGAUCUCAAGGACAGCUCUACAAAGUUUGCCAGAAAUAGAAGGGACAACUUUAAGCUAAAAGCCAGCAAGUUCUUUCUGAGAGGUGAUGUCUUGUAUCGGUUUAUACCUGGAAAUGUAAAUGGAGCUGAAGUACUUCUAAGGGACAGAGUAGAAGCCAUCCUAGCUGAAUUCCAUGGUAGUGCCUUUGGUGGACAUAGCGGAAUAAACAAGACUAUCCAAUCCAUAAGGGCCAGAUAUUGGUGGUUUGGACUAACAGACACAGUGAAAGACUAUAUCAAGUCAUGUGAACCAUGCCAGAAGUCAGACCCUCUGAAGCCAGGACUGAAACCUGAGUUAAAGCAAAUCAAGGUCUCUAGCCCGUUUGAACUGGUUGGUGUUGACCUAGUUGGACCUCUGACUGAGACAGAAACUGGCAACAAAUACAUAUUCACUGCUACAGAUUACUUCACCAAGUGGGUUGAAGCUUUUCCAAUACCAUCAAAGCAUGCCACUGUUGUUGCCAGAUGCUUCAAGCAGCUGUUUGCCCGUCAUGGAGCAAUGAAUGCCAUACUAACAGACCAGGGAAAGGAGUUUGUGAACCAGGUGAAUGAUCAACUCUGUACCGAAUGGAACAUCCAGCAUAGAGUAACGGCAGCAUAUCAUCCUCAGACCAAUGGACUAGACGAAAGAACUAAUCAGACAUUGAAGGCUACUCUGCGUAAGAUGGUCAAUGAGCAUCAGACUAACUGGGAUGCCUUUUUGGAUGGAGCUUUGUUUGCCAUGAGAACCAAACCACAAUCCAGCACAAAGUACAGUCCAUUCUUUCUUCUGUAUGGCCGAGAAGCAAGGUACCCAAGUCAGCUCCCAAAAGACUUUGGAAACAACUUACAGGCUGAUCAUGAGGCAUCGACAACAACGGAAGAGGCCAAACGUCAAUAUGUUGAGCAGAGGGAAGAAGCCUCGCUGAGGAUUGCCCAGACAGCUAAGGUGAACAUUGAUAAAGCCCAUGAAAAGCAAAAGAAAAACUUCAAAGAAAGACAGCGAAAAGGGAGGCGUUAUGAGGACAUUUGUGUGGGAAAUAUGGUUCUGAUUCAUAAUGCAAGGAAGGCUGCUACAAAGAAGAAGGGAAAUCUAGAUCCGAACUACCAUGGUCCAUAUAAAGUAGUCAAUAUAGAUGGCAAGUGUGCCACUCUUCAGAACGAUUCAGGACAUACUCUAAAGAGGAAAACAAACAUAGACCACCUGAAACUGUUCAAAGAUCAGACCGCUCAUGAGACAGAUUUGUGUGCGCAGGACACCUGUGACAAUACUUCUGAAGAGGGUACAGUUUCUUGUAUGCAGGACACUGUUGGGAAAUACAUUGAAGAUGUCAGUUCAGAUGGCAGUCUGAAUGAACUUUUUAAGUUUAUAAGUGAACUGAACUUAUCAAAGAUAUCUCUGAACACUUUAGGUUUUCAAUAUCACCACUGUCCACAACAGAGUUUCUUGAAGGAGGUUAUCAGUGUAUCGGAGGCAGAGUUAGAGUGCUUUGGUACACUAUUGUUACCUCAUCUGAGACAUUUGGAUUUGGACUUGUCAGUGAAAACAUCAGUGGCUAUGCUUACAUCUGCAGUAUGUGUUAUGGCCAGUCAUCAGUUUCAGCCACUGAUGACCAUUGCACAAACACUCAAGGAGGUACCAAGCCAUCUUGAGGAUGUUGACAUUCACGAGAUCCCACAACUCUACCCAACACAAAGACUCACAGUUGGCGGCGAGACACUAGAGGCGGUGGACAUGGCAACUCUAGAGGAUGGGAAGUGGAUAAACGACAAGGUCAUCAACUCCUUCUUGGCACUGAAAAAGAUGGAGCAGAACACAUCAGAAUCAAACAGACACAUUUAUGUCCUUCCCUCGUACACAGCCGUUCAAUGGGAUCAAGGUCACCUGGAUCACUGGAUGUUUAAGAAGGUUCAGUUCUCCAAAUACACUCAUGUAUUCCUGCCAAUAUGCAUCAAUGGGAAUCACUGGGUGUUGCUGGUUGCAGACGUAAAGCAAAGACUUGUCUACGUUCUGGACUCUAUGAAUGGGGAGGUUGGUCAGAAAUGGACAAGGAUGUGGGCAGAAUUCAUGGCCAAUCGGGACAGACUUCCAGAUGUUACUGAACAGUUUGGUGUGUGGAACUUCCCGGAGAUCAGAAGCAGCAAACAGACCGACAGUAAUUCAUGCGGUGUGUUCACCCUGAUGAAUGCGGAAUGCAUUGCCAAGGAUGUUCCCAUAGCAGUCAUGAGACAAGUGCAUUGCCAAAGAUAUAGACAAUAUGUUAAGGCAUCUUUGCUCAAUGCUGGAGCAGCAAAGUCGGACUCUAAGUGUGACAUGCCAGAUUGUAGGAUACCUAAAGGACACAAAAGAUGGGUCCAGUGUUGCGUGUGUGGACGUUGGCUCCACACAAAGUGUUGCAGGAUUCCGACAAAGGCAGCCAUCGAGGAGGAAUACGAAUGCUGCUUCUGUGAAGCCAUGUAUAGAUAGACAUUCAUAGCUCAUUAUUGCUACCAAUUGGUUUGGAAAAGCUUCCUCUUCCAAUUUCUAUUAGGACUGGUCAAAUUUGAUGAACAAUGUGUUAUGGUGUAGUUUAUCUGUCUGUUAAUUUUUGUUAUCUCCUACAUUUUUCUAACAAUCUCUUUGAAACUUGGUAUUCAUUAUAAUUAUGAUAGGAAAUUGUAUUACCCUGAAAAGGUUUUAAUUUCAUUAUUUUUGAACAAGUUUAUUUCAGUGAUGAAAAUUCUUGUCACAUCAUUCCUAUUUUUAUCCUGCCAUCAUCAGAUGGUGGACUAUUCAAAUCGCCCUGCAUCCAUCAUCUCUAUGUCCAUAACAAUCCUUGUUAUCAUUAUGUCAAAGUACUGGAGGUACAUUUCUAUAACAUGAUGAGUAGGUUCCCCUUAGUUCCCAGUUGUGUUAAAACAAAAUGACUGACAGGUGGCCAUCUUUGAUUUUGAGAACUAGAAGAUUUUUGUAGCUACAUUGUAUUUCUUAAAGUACUGGAGGAGUGUUUUGCAAACUUCACUUGUUCUUGUCAUCAGAUUAUGAAGAGGGAAAAAAAA